GAGAGAGAGAUGGAGAGAGAGAGGUCAAGGGGUGUGGGAAAAUGAGUUUGUGAGAAAGAAAGGGAAGGAACUUUAGAAGGGAAAUUUAAUUCCCUUCUUGUUGUUCCCCUACCACGGCCAAUUGAUCUCGCGGUGAGGGACAAUAAUAAUUAAAAAUCACACGAAGAAGCAAAAAUCUUAAGUCAAUACAACGCAUGCAACACAUGCACGUGGGUUUUUGCCAACAACAAAGGUGAUCAUUGCAGCAACAACAACAACAGAGACUCAAUAUUAUCGUAUGCCAUUAUGUUCACCAACAACUCCUACCUCCAAAAUAACAACUUGGCCUCUCCCUCCCCUUCCAGGAUCGUCUCAAUGGAAUCUUCCAAUGUUAAACAAAGGGUCUACCGUGUUUGGAAAGGAAACAAUAAAUUUCUAUGUGGUGGAAGAUUAGUUUUUGGUCAGGAUGCAUCAUCUCUGUUUCUAACAUCAUUCUUGAUUGGAGGUCCUGCAAUAACAUUUUGCAUAAGAAUGUUAGUAUCACUAAAGGAAGAAGACCCUCACUUUAGCAACCCUGUACUAAUUGGAGCAGUGAUUCUCACAGUUUUGGAUUUUAUUUUUCUCUUCAUGACAUCUGGUAGAGAUCCAGGAAUUAUUCCCAGAAAUGCUCACCCACCUGAAUUAGAUGAACCAUUAGACAUAAACACACCAUCCAUGGAAUGGGUAAAUAAUAGGGCCCCUAAUCUUAAGUUGCCCAGAGUGAAAGAUGUGUUAGUCAAUGGCCACACAGUGAAGGUGAAAUUUUGUGAUACUUGCUUGUUAUAUCGUCCACCACGUGCUUCCCAUUGCUCCAUUUGCAAUAAUUGUGUUCAGAAGUUUGAUCAUCAUUGUCCUUGGGUUGGUCAAUGUAUUGGAUCACGUAACUACCCAUUCUUCAUAUUGUUCAUAUCAUCAUCAACCUUGUUGUGUAUAUACGUGUUUUCAUUUUCCUGGGUUAACCUUCUUCGACAAGAAGGUAGAUUGUGGGUCAACAUAUCACACGAUGUCCUAUCAGUUACUCUCAUUGUAUAUUGCUUCAUAGCUGUUUGGUUUGUGGGAGGGCUAACAGUUUUCCAUCUUUAUUUGAUUUCGACUAAUCAGACAACUUAUGAGAAUUUUCGGUACCGAUAUGAUAAAAAGGAAAAUCCAUUCACAAAAGGAAUAUUGGCAAACUUCAAAGAACUUUCCUGUGCUAAGAUCCCAAGUAAAUUAGUCAAUUUUAGAGAAUGGGUUACAAUAGAGAAUAAUAUUCAAGAUGAAUCCUAUACUUCAGAUCUUGAAAAAGGUUUUAUAACCUCAAAACAUAAAUUUGAUAUGGAAAUGGGAACAAUGUAUGGUAAGGAUGGUAUGCGAGUUCCUUCCAUUUUGAAGGAAUUGGAUUACAAUGACAUUGAUGAUCAUCUAAAGAAGAAGGCAGGAGAAAAAGAAGUUGAAUAUGAUAUUUUUGUUCCUGCUGAUCAAUUGAAAUCCAAAACUGAAGGAGCCAAUGCUCAUGAAGAGAAGCAAUAAUUCUAGCUGGUUUAUUUGAAGAUAUGUUUGGGCAUGUACUAUAAGGGAAUAUUUGUAGGCAAAGUGGAUUUCAAGGUUAUAAUGUUGAUUUGCUUAUGACUGGGGAGGCAUGCAAAAAGGUAUAGGUGGCUUGAUUUAUGAUGGCAGUUGUAAAGUGAAUGAAACCAAUGAUAUGCUUAAUGGAAACUCAGAUACUUUCAUCACUCAAAAAAGGAGAAAACAAAUGACAAGUUACCAGAAUUUGCACAUGUUCACAUAUCAGUGCAAGACAUAUAAAUGAAUGAAGGCGCUAAAUUAAUGAAUCAUGAACAAUGCUCGCCCUUUAUUCUCUUUCUUAAACUUAGUAUGGAUUGUAGAUCUUGUCUACAAUUCAAACUGCAUUGUUAGUUUUGGUAAAAGAAAAUUUGGAAUGAAAUGUUUGUUUCACAAAA